AUGAUCACAAUGGAGUAAUAUAUUCAUUACUAUCAUAAGGAAGUUUGAAGUAGUAAAAAGAAUUAAACAAAAUUUAAAGAGAGAAGGUAAAUGAGUUGAUAAAUUUCUUAGUACAACAAAAUUACAAUUUUUAUGCUUUUCAUUCUUAUUAAAUACUUUAGUUGAUAAGACUGAUCCUCAAAAUUGUGAAUAUACUUAUACUGAAGGAGCACCGAAAUGGAUACAUCAAAAUUAUGUUAUAAUUUAAUUUAAGUACAGAGAGGAUUACAUAUAUAUAAUUCAUUCACGAUCUUGAAUAAAAAAUAAAAGAGUUAUUAUGA